CAUUUCAAAAAAUGAAUCAUUCGACAUUGAACUAUCUGAAGAGUUCCAACACCAGUUUUACCAAUAAGAUCAGUGGGUGGACACAUACAUAAACACUGUCUGUCUUUACUUGAUCUCUGCGGUCUAAGAGUCCUCCAUACUGCACUGCAAACAUGGCAGGAAUUGGUAGACUGUCCACCAAAGGCUCUGUGCUGCUGCUGUGUGACAUGCAGGAGAAGUUCAGACCCACUAUUUUCCAGUUUACAAACGUCGUGAGCAAUGCUGCAAGAUUGUUACAGGCAUGUCGAAUCUUAAACAUCCCUCAGAUUUUAACCGAGCAGUACCCCAAGGGUCUAGGCCCCACUGUUCCUGAGCUGGGAGCAGAGGGCCUGAAGCCUCACACAAAGACCAGUUUCUCUAUGAUGACAGAGAGCGUGCAGAGCUCACUCAAGAGCAUGGGAGACCCUCAGCAAGUCAUACUGUGUGGCAUCGAGGCUCAAGCAUGCAUUGCGUGCACAGCCUAUGAUCUCCUGGAGAGAGGAAUGGAGGUUCAUAUUGUAGCUGACGCUGUGUCCUCUAGAAGUCAAACAGAUCGUCUUUUUGCACUGUCACGGUUGAGGCAGAGUGGGGUGUUUCUCAACACUACAGAGGGAGUUUUACUGCAACUAGUGCAGGAUGCCAAGCACCCCAACUUUAAAGAGAUCCAGAAACUCUUGGCUCACCCCUCCCCUGAUACAGGCCUGCUGGCCUUCUUCAGCUCUCUAUAGGGCCAGUCAAACACAGACCACACCCUGCAGACAUAAUUACAGAAAUUAUUAAAAAUCAACACACACUGUUGUGUCAACCUGAUGAACUCAUGUGAGAUCUGUGCAUUUACAUCCUUUCACAGAAACACAGAUAAUUAAAAUGUUUAAAUAAAACAAAUGCAAAAAA